CCGUGUUUUGCACAGAUAGGCCAGUCGGUUACCUCUCCUGGCUUGUUUGACUUCAUUAAGUUCUGUAACCUGUGUCCCUAAAUAGCGUGACGCACACACAAGAGGAGCACAGGCACAACAAAACUUGGACUGGAUUUAUUUGUUGCUGGUGACAGCUGGACUGCCAGUUUUGGGCCGUUUUGGAUAUCUUCUCUACCAGGCCUUCGAUUCUUUUCUUUAGUAAUCAUUAAUUCUGAAAUGUGAAUGUAGGACUUUAACUGUUCAGUAGUGCUAGUUCGUGGGCCCUGUAAAAUAUCACUUAAUUAAGAUCUCAAGAUAGCAUUGGACUUCAGGUAUAGACCAUACUAUCCAUAGUCAUAGACUUUUGACUUGUUGAAGACUGACUUUUCAAAUUGAUUAAAAUGCUACCCUUUGAUGGAGUUUGAGAACCUUCUAUUGAAUAGUUUUAGAAAGCCAAGUCAACCUACAGAUAGUUCCAUUGCCUACAUUUUAAAUCAUUUCUUGGAUUACAUAUCAAACAAACUAAAGAAGUUUAUCCAUCAUGUGGUUUGUUGAUUUAUUUUAAACCUACCAUGCAUGUACCAAUAUUUCAAGCAAGUGCGUCUUUCGGAGAUGUCUCUAGAAUGACAUCUUCUACUUGCUAACCAGCACUGGUCAGUGUUCAGAUCGAAAGUCAGUCAUAAAUCGUUAUGAUCUGGAAUAAAGCUACACAGGAUGCCUAGUCCAUCUUUGCACAAAUUUGGCCUCCAUUGUGGCCGUCUGCCUUCAAGGCACCUUCUACUUCUGCUUCUCUUCUCAUGGGUAGUGCUUCUUCAUGCCACAAGCAGCACUGCAGAGCCAAUCAAAAUACAGAAAACGAUGAAAGAAGAGCUUUUGCCAGGUACGGUCAUUACCAGCUUGACCAGUGAGCCUAAUUUCACUAAGGAAGUGGAGUCUUCUUGGAAAAUGAAUAUCGAUGCCAAAAACACUGGCCACCAACUUCAAUUUAGCAUUCUCAAUGCCCAGAAAAGCCCAAGUCUUUAUUUUUCGGUUUCUGAAGAUGGGUUAGUCAGCAUCAAGAAGUCUGUUGAUCGCGAGACAGUCUGCAGUUUUAAGGCUGAUUGCAUUUUGAAUUUUGAAGUUGCCGUCAUGUCUUUCUACAGCACGUUCUUCCUUCAAGUCUAUUUUGAAAUCAACAUAACGGACAUCAACGACAACCCUCCGGAAUUCACCCAGCCUCGUUUUGAGAUCAACAUGCCAGAGAAUGUGGAAGCUGGCAAGUCCUUCCCAUUACCGACAGCAUUUGAUCGGGAUACUGGUCCAGGCAAUGGAGUCAGCGACUACACAAUUUUACAAGGAAAGCCAUUUUUCGGUAUCAAAACUGCACAGACUAUUUUGAACACAACUGAUGUUUACCUUACAGUAAUCUCCUCACUGAACAGAGAGUCGUCUCCCAUUUAUGAAAUUCUAGUUGGUGCCAAAGAUGGAGGGCUGCCAUCAUUAACAGGAACUCUUACAGUUGAAGUUCAUAUUUCUGAUAUCAAUGACAACUUUCCAGUCUUCAAGAAGGAUCCUUACUCCAUAAAUAUAGCAGAAGAUACAAAGCUAAACAUUCCUUUUUUACAGGUUGAAGCAACAGAUGCAGACACUGGUCCCAAUGGAGAGCUGGUUUACUCUUUCUCUCCUCUUCAACCACCAGACAACCUGGCAUUCUUUCGAAUAAAUCCCACCACUGGACAGAUCUAUCUGAAUCAAACGAUUGAGUCAAAGUCUGGGGAGAACAUUGAGCUUAUUGUCAUAGCCAGUGACAAGGGAUCUCCACCUAAAGUGUCAAAAACUAAAGUUCAUAUUACUGUAGCUGAUACUGUCAAUAGCAUGCCACAAAUAACAGUCAACUGCCUCAGCUCAAUCAAGGGAGUCUCUGAAGUCUCAGAAAAAGCUGAGAUUAGUAAAGUAGUGGCACAUGUCAGUGUUCGAGAUCCAGACAGUGGUGUGAAUGGAAAAACUGAAUGCUCCAUAACUCCUCAGGAAUUUGAACUAGUUCCUUUAGAGUUUGAGGGAACAUACAAGGCUGUUUUGAGGUUACCUUUGGACAGGGAGCUGACAAAUAGAUACAAUGUCACUGUCUCAUGCCAAGAUCAAGGAUUUCCAUCUCUCCUUGCUCAUGAAGAUUUUGUUGUCAAAGUUCUGGAUGAGAAUGACCAGGUGCCAACAUUUUCACAACGGACCUACAAAGCUUCUUUAUAUGAAAACAACCAACCAGGUGUUUUUAUUACUGAGAUGAAAGUGACUGAUAAAGAUGUUGGCGAAAAUGCUGAAAUUGUUUUUCAAGUUGUUGGAAAAAAUGAGAAAAUGUUUAGUGUUGAUGACUCUGGCAAAAUGACUGCUUUGGUUCCUCUGGACAGGGAACAGUCAGAAAAGAUUAUCAUCACUGUCAGAGCUAUGGAUAAAGGGGAACCACCAUUAUCUUCUUCUGCCACUGUUGAGAUAACUCUUAUGGAUAUGAAUGACGAGGCUCCAGAAUUCUCUGACCCUGUGUACACUCUGGUGGUGGAAGAAGAGCAGCCUGAAGGGAAAUACAUUGGUAUAGUUUCAGCUUUGGAUAAAGACACUGGUGAAAAUAGUAUGGUGUUUUAUAGAUUCUCUUCUGCAUCGCAAAAAGGAAAUUUCUUCAGUAUUACUUCUGAUGGAGGAGUCAUCAAAACAAAUGUCAUUCUAGACAGGGAAAAAAUAAAUCAGUAUGACCUUGUGGUGGAAGCUAUUGACAAGGGAGUUCCCCCACUUACUGGCACAGCCAAAGUUGUCAUCAGAGUCACUGAUGUCAAUGACAACGAUCCAUACUUCCUAUAUCCCCAAGAUGCCAAUAACACAAUAAUGAUCCCUCACACAGCUGAUAAAGGCUCCACCAUUGUUAACAUCAUAGCUAAAGAUGCAGAUGAAGGUGUCAAUGGAGAAAUCAUGUACUCCUUGCACUGCAUUAAUCAGUCUGCCCCAUUUAAUAUCAACUCUGCAACUGGGGAACUAAAGCUCAUUGAGGCUCUCAAGCCCAAAGAUGUGGGCCUCUACCUCAUGACUAUCAUGGCUAGUGACAAAGCCUUACAACAGCAGCGAGGCACCCAGACGCCCCUCAGCAUCGAAGUUGUCUUUGAUAAUUCCACAUUAAUUGUUCUGGCUGGAACAGCUGGUCCUAGUCAGGAAAUCAUCACUGCCAUUAUCAUCACAAUUAUCACCUUCAUCCUUGCUGUGGUCAUAUUUUUUGUCAUAGUCUGUGUACGAAAAAGGCAAAUAAGAAAAAAGAAAGGAAUGCCCAAUUCAGCCUCUACUUCAUCAACAGCGAAGCUCCAGGGAGGCUAUUAUGUUGCUCCAGGCAUACGCUCAUCUUCAUCCUCUGUCCUUGCUGCAAAACAUGAAGAGCGAACUUUACUAGCCGAAAGCUCAAGGUCUAACAAUUAUGUGGUUCUUAUUAAAGAAGAACCUUCAGGUCCUGCAGAGGUUGUCAAAAUUUCUCGUAGUGGUCAAGCUCAUGCAUUGAUUGAUAACUCAUUACUUGAUCAUGACCAGAAAGAUGAUGGUCAGUUCUCCACCUUUAGGUCUCAAGAAAAUAUUCUUUCCCCUGGUAUAAAAUAUGGAUCUUUGAGUAGAAAGUCGAAUGACACAUCUUCUUUUGUAAAAAAAAUGAAUGACACCUAUGAUGAUGUGUCUUGUGAUGAUGACAGUACCAGUGACAGCGGUAGAGGAGGAAGUGACUUGGAAGUCAACAAAGAAAAAGCUCGAGCUUUAGCUGCAACUCCAAUAUCUGUGAAAAGUGGCAUUUCUAGCAGAUUGUCUCCCUUGCCUCAAGAAAAAGAAAAGACUUUUAGCACAUUCCGUGGGGAAUCACCCAAUUCUUUCAGAUUUGAUUCAGACUCAGACACUCUGACUCGAAACUGUCAAAGACCCAUGUUUUCUAUCCCUUCACGAGCAGAGAGCAGUAGCCAGGAGCAGGAUCAGAUUGUAGCAGGAAGGUAUGGUGCCAGAGAUUUCAGUGGCAGCUUUCCACGCAAUCGUUCUCUGUUUUCAACACAGCCUUACAGCACUGGCAUACAGAAUGGCUUUGCCAGUUUAUCAGAAAGUACCAGACAGCCUCAGCGCAUUACUCCACUUUCUUUCACGUCUCCUCCUGCUACCUGCCAUCAGUAUGAUACAGAGACUGACCAGAGUGACAGUGGGUCAAACUCCAACUCCUUAUCAAGGCGCAAUCAUGUUCCAAGACUCCCUCCAUACCAAGGAAUAGAGUUCACCCACCAUGCAUACGGCAACAGAAGCAGUAUUGUUGGUUACAGCAAUGCCUUAUAUGGUGGGGGACUUCAACAAGAGUAUGGACAAACUAGAUUGCCUAAUGGCAGUACAUUUAACAACUACCAAAAUGCCAAUGAAUCUAGUUACAAUUAUAGUGAUGCUUAUCCCAGUGAUUAUGCUGGACAAGACCCUUCUGUGACCAGUGGAUAUAAUAAUGUUGUUAGUGAACUUCAGUUGUCACGUCCAGUGAGUAUGGAUGGGGAAUUUGAACUUCCCCCGUAUCCUGAAGAAAAUGAAAAUGUUGAGGAACCUGAUGACAUUGUUGACAACUUCGAAAUAUUUCCAGGAUAUUCAAGAAUUACACCCAACAGAGAUGAAGAUCAAACUGCCUUAUUUAAAUCUAAAUAUGAAUCCAGUGCAUAAUAAAUCUCUGCAUUUAUCAUUUGUAUUUUGGCUGUGCAAUUAAUAAUUAAUAAAAUAGUUUAUGCAUUAAUUAAUUACACUGAAGUUUUCACCAUUCCUUUGUUUUUUCAGGGCAGGUCUUAGAUAAUUGGAGGCCCUAGGCAAAGUGGCCCCAAAGGAAAUAGAAAGAUAAAAAAUAAACAGUGAAAAAAUUAACUUAGACAAUUUAUUUAAAACCUAGAGUACUCAAACAAUAACAUUGGGCAAAAAUUCACUAUUUCUUUUUAAAAAACUGUUUAGAGUUCUGUGGGAGAUUUCUAACCAAUCUGAAGCCUGAGUCAACUAUGCUUAAGGCCAGCCCUGGUUUUGUUCUAAAAUAUAAUCAAGCAAUGAAAAAUGUCUUCUUCUUUUUAAAUGAAAAAAUAUAUAUUUUAAUGUAAAGCAGAAAAGUUUGCCAAUUUAUUUCUAAGAAACACCUAUGCAAUUUAAUUUGAAGAAGUUAAUUAAUUACAACAAUAAGUACAUUAUUAGAUUUUGUAAUUUUAGGUUAUUUUAGCUAGUUCUUUCAUUUUAAAUAAUUAUGUGAAUUUCUAGAAAUCUAAAACAAUAUAGUUGUUUUCUUUUCUGAAUGAUAUUGUUUUAUAAGUAUUAGUUAUGAAAAGAGUUGUUUUUUUUUUAACACAUAUCACAUCAAUUAUGUUUGAAUCAUGCUGUUAAAUUUAGUAAUAUCUUUGUUUAUGUUAAGAGACCAGUUAAAUUUGUUAUAAAGUAGCACAAAAUUAUAUCUCUUCUAAUGACAGCUAGCAAUUGUAAAGCUAAUAAAUUCCUGGGACCAACUGUUUUAUUUACAUAUCAUUGUCUUCUUAUAAUUGCUGUUGUUUUUUUUGUUAUUUUGAAGGUAAUUUGAAUAAUAUGAUUUUAUAGAAGUGUUAAAAUAACAUCAAGGGUCCAGUCCUUUUAUUUAGGUAAUGAUACACUUAAAAAAUGUUUCAAAUAUAAGGUCUCUCUCAAGACAUACUAACAUUAUUGAAAUUCUUAAUUACUGUGAGCAAAUCUGCCACCAGGGGGGGGGGGGGCAGGGGGAACAAACAGGACUCUAGUUGAGGCUCCAACAUGCUUUUUUAUGCCUCUUGUAUACUGAAGGUUUUGGGCAUGUGGGGGGGGGGGGGGAGGCAGAGGGGGACACAUGUACACAGUUUUCUGGAGCCCAAAUAUUACUGGUGGCGGUUUUGCUUAAGUUUUAAAAUAAGACUGUACUGUGCUAAAUCUUAUAAUAUGCUUGAAACCAUACAUGAAAAAUGUAUUUUAUUUCUAUAUUAUUCACAUCUGAAUUAUUGUAUGAAAAUUAUUUUUAUGUAAAGAAAAUUCUUCUUAACUAAUGCUCGCUGAAAAUCAACAUCAAACAGAAAGCCUUAGUUUUCAGUAUUCAUCUUGUGUAGAAUCAGCAUCAAACAGAAAAUUUCUAUUUUCAGUAUUUGUGCUAUGUAGAUAAUAUUUAGAAUUAAAAAUUGUUAUAGUGUAGGUUGGUUUUUGCUUCAAACUUAUGACUAGAAAUUGCAUCUAAUAUAUUUUACAGCCUGUGUCAAUCAGAUAAAAGAAAUGACAAUAGGUGUUUGAUUAAUUAUAUAUUCUCUGGAUAUAUCUAUCUUGUAUAAAAUGUACUUGCAUCCUAAUUUGCUCUCUCAUUCUAGUCAUGUUUUAGUGUGUCUAUUGUUGAUAACACAUUGGUGUACAGUUAAAUCAGAUAUCUUGCAUUUAUACUUGUGAUGUAAACAUGUGUACAUAUAAUCUAGACUAACUUGUACUCUCUCUCUCCUCCACUGUACAACUGAGUGAAUUGUUGUUUUGGCUGUUUGAAACUAUUUAAAAAUUACUAUCUUGCUUGCUUUAACGGCUGUGGUGAACCAAAUUUUCUUAUUUCUGCUUUCUUUCAAAAGAUUCCCAACUGAAGUAGAACAACAACUCUGCUUGUGCUAUUGUUUUAUAAAGAAAUAAGUGUUAUUUCAAUCAUUAUUUUAAUUUUGUUUCAAUACAUUUGAAAUUAUAUUUUAAGAAAUGGACACUUUUUAUAAAAAAAAAGUACCCAUAAAAGUUUGUGUCUUGUUAAAAUAAAAAAAAAAGUUUUUCCGUCAUUAAUAGAAGAUAUUCAAAUCGUUUCAGAGCCAUUUCUAAAUUAUUAAAAGUUCUCUUUAUUUAUGGUAUUUUUAAUAGAAAGCUUCUGGCUACCUUGUCAUAGAUAGAGUAUGCACCCUGGACUGUCAGGUUUGAACUUUGUGCUAUGUGGGGCCUCCCAUCCUGGGAGGUUUGAGCUAGGAUUCAUUAAUCUUCAAUUCUGAGGGAAAAUAAAUUCAAAACAUAAUAAAACAUGAGAAUUAAACCUAGAUUUUAAAGAUUAACAGUUUUUUACUGGUGUAGAUUUUUUUUUUAUUACAGGAAAUAAUCUAUAUUUAUUUUCAUGCCAUAUAAGUCAAAUUGUUUCUUAUUAAUUGAGCAGAAAUAAAAUAAAUGCUUGUACAGUCCUUUUUGACUUGCAAGACAUGUAUGUAUUUAUCUUGUCACUCUAGAAUAUUACAAAAUGAAUCUGAGACUGAGACUUAAAAAAAAAAUCAAACUUGUUGUAAAGCUUAAUUGUUAUUAUUUUUACUACUAAAAUCCUGCCCUAUAAGCUCAUUUGUUUGGAAUAAUGACUGGAUUUGAGGCCUAAAUAGUAAUCUACUGACUUCAACAUCACAAAAUAUUGACUAUACAUAAUUGUUAAGGCUGUUGAGUUUGGGAAGUGUGAUUUUUAAAAAAAUAUAAUCACAUUUAAUUUCAGUAACAGAGCUUAGUAAAGAGCUUGUUUAAGUAAAUGUUAACAUAAAUAUGGCAACUUCCAAAAACUAAAUUUAAGAUUAAGAAUAAAAAAUGAAUUUUUUUCUUCUGUUAAUACAAAUUUUAAAUCUCACUUCCUGGUUGAGUGUAAUGCUAAUUUGCCAUCUCAUGAGACAUUACUAUAUGUUUGGGCUAGGACGUAAUAAUCCUCAAUUCUAAAGUGACCGAGACCGUACUAGAUGUUUGGGCUAGGACGUAAUAAUCUUCAAUUCUAAAGGGACUGAGACCCUACUAGAUGUUUGGGCUAGGACGUAAUAAUCCUCAAUUCUAAAGGGACUGAGACCCUACUAGAUGUUUGGGCUAGGACAUAAUAAUCUUAAAUUCUAAAGGGACCGGGACCCUACUAGAUGUUUGGGCUAGGAUGUAAUAAUCUUCUAUUCUAAAGGGACUGAGACCCUACUAGAUGUUUGGGCUAGGACGUAAUAAUCCUCAAUUCUAAAGGGACUGAGACCCUACUAGAUGUUUGGGCUAGGACGUAAUAAUCUUCAAUUCUAAAGGGACCGAGACCCUACUAGAUGUUUGGGCUAGGAUGUAAUAAUCUUCUAUUCUAAAGGGACUGAGACCCUACUAGAUGUUUGGGCUAGGAUGUAAUAAUCUUCUAUUCUAAAGGGACUGAGACCCUACUAGAUGUUUGGGCUAGGAUGUAAUAAUCUUCUAUGUUAAAGGAACGUCCAAAAUAUGUAAAACAAAUAAAAUAAUCAAUUAUAAAAAAUCCAUUGGCAUUGAUCAGUUAGAUCUCUAUUUUCCUACUGUGCUACAAUGUACAUUAUAAUUUGGUCUUUUUUGUCAUCACUUUUAAUGAAAACUGUGUAUGUAGUGAUACAACUCUUUAAAGUAAAUAUUUUAACUAUAAUUUAGCUUUACAUUAUAUCUCAGUUUUAUGAAGUGUUAUUUACAAUUUUAUGACUAUUUAAUUUGUAUGUUUGUAAGGUUUCUUGUUUUGUCUUCUUCACCAUUACAGCUUUAAGCUUUUUUUUUGUUAUUGGCAUUCAAAAGAAUAUGUUUUAUUGUAUUAAUUUUAUUCUCAUUAGCAUAGUAUCUUUAAAAUAGUGUUUGUUAAAUGCUCUUCAAACCCUGGAUCAGUGGUUACAUAUAUUAUGCAAAUUAAAUAUAUGAAAUAACAUCUUUAGUAUUGUGUAGACCAGGGAUGAAAGGAUAGUAGCUAUUCAGUUAAGUGUCAUGCUGAUUUGUUACUCUUGACUAUUGGCUUAUAUUUGUGUGGGUUCUGUCAGGAUCCCAGCUGUCAACAUAAUGUCUUGCCAGUCUUUUGUUUUAAUAGAUUUUUCUGGUAGAAGGUUUCUUUGUUUGUUUUGUUUUCUUUUUAGUAUACUGGUCAUAUGACACUCAUGUAGACUUAUAGACAGAGCUACAGGUCACUUUGAUCUCAUGCCUCAUUGUUUUUGGUGUCAUUGAGAACAAAGUUGACAGAGCUUGAACUAUUGUGUUGAAUAAUUCUGAUGUUAAUAAGCAAACAUGUGUAUACCUUUUAUUUAACAAAAUAAUUUAUUAUUUAUAAAAGUUUUUUUUAAUGAGAAUCAUGUUGCACAGAAUUAAUAAGGAUGCCAUUGGAUAACAAGAAAAAGGGACAUAACAAUGUUCUUUUUUUGUACAAACUGUUAUGUCAUUGUUUCUUGAGCUUGGGAGACUUCAGCUUUAAUUCAUUGAAUAAGUUUUUUGCAUUGUAUUUUUGUAUGUAAUGAAAAUUUCAUAUUUUUGUAAUGCUUGAAACAAAUAUCUCCACUAAAUUCAUGCUAUUAUAAUUGA